CACUACUAGGUUGGAGCUAGGUAACUAGGUAAAAAGGUACAUUUAGCUAGAUCCAUCAAGUGAAUAACCGCCCGGUUACGUGUGUGUUGGAGCUAGAUCCACUCCAUAGAAAAUUUUUGCUUGGGUACAUACUUCUCUAUUUAAUCCUUUUUGGCAUUUUAAUAAUCUUCUUUUUUAUGUAGCGGUGGAAAUGGUAGAAAAGUGAGUGCAGCACUCGCUUUUAUGGCUAAUCCAGAACUAGUAUUCUUGGACGAACCGACGACAGGUUUAGAUGCAGUUGCAAAACGUAAAUUAUGGGAAGUAAUUCGAGCUGCACGAAAUGCUGGAAUGACUAUUAUUUUGACUAGUCACAGCAUGGAGGAAUGCGAAGCAUUAUGUAAUCGACUUGGUAUAAUGAAACAAGGCCAGUUUUUGUGUAUCGGGAAAUUAAAUGAUUUAAGAGCAAAAUUUGGAACUGGUUAUGCCGUACAAAUUAAAGUUGCGGAAGAAAACAUCGAAAAUAUGAAAAAUAGCCUUAAAUAUGAUAUACCUGGAAUUCUAUUCGAAGAACAACAUAACGGAAUUUUGUUUUGUACAAUACCAUUUAACGCAGUAGAACAGGGCACUAACAACGAUUUAAAACUUGCAAACAUAUUUAAAUUGUUUUAUGAGAAAAAAAGAUCGAAUGAAAUUGAUAGUUACUCAGUGACACAGACAACAUUAGAACAAAUAUUCGUUCGAUUAGCCGGAAAUGAUGACGAUGAAGAUAAAAAAGACGAGGAGAAAGAGGAGUCCAAUUCUGGUAACGAUCCAGUAUAA